ACUGUCAUGUGACUGAUUAAUCAUUUUCUAUUCCUGAAUUGAUUGUCCAUUUGUUUCUGAUUUAUACACUUAAUAUUUUGGUAUUUUGUCUGUCAUUAAUAUGCAAUUAGCAAUCUAGUUUAUACAUAACCUCUAUUAUGUAAGGGAUAAUAUAAAAUGUAUCUGUGUAUUAUCACCUCGAAAUUGUGAUUGUAAAUAUUUCAUUUUCUAAUUCACUUUUUAUUGGUAGGUGAUCUUAUUUAAGAUUUGCUUUGAGGCUUCAGAGCAAAUUCCAUCAGAGUUAGGUAUACUUAAUUUAACUUAGUUCUGAUUAAAACAGCACUUCAUUUUAUACAGUCUUACUGUUGUGAAAGUCUGGUUUGUACUGUUCUAUAACUCACAGAAGUUUGACAGUAAAAUAUGACAAACUUUAUUGUCCCCUAGGGGAAGCAAUUUAUGGACACACAGCACUUCUGUACAUCUGAAUACAUCACAGAACAUUACACCACAUCUAUUGCACAUGCAAAACUAGUUACAAACAUAGCCAUGACAAAUUACACAUUUUCCGUGCUGAAAAGAGGAGAAAAGAAACAACGUUUUCGACCGUGAAGCCGCCUUCGGGCUCUUCACCUCUGUUUUUGAAAUCUCCAAACAGCUAGUCAGCAGCCUCAGCAAACGCUUUUAUUACUUCUCGAUCCCUGAAUGAUUUUUUUUUGUUUAGCCAGGACGUGGCUCACACGGAACGAUGCGAUGAUUGCCGCGUUCCCUCUUGUAUUAGGCCUCGUGAAAACUAGUUGAGAUUUUAGUUUUCCACUUUUCUUUUCCGUAAAGUCCACAUCAUACGUUUUGUGUGCAGUUUUGAAAAGUUGGUCUAUAUUUCCCUUUUUCGCGAAGACGCUAGCAUUGCAGAUUUGAAUGCGAAAGUACCAAAAAAAAAUCAUGCUCCUAUUCCUUGUGGUAACGAUAACAUGAAAAUGAUUUUGCUGAGAGCAACACUGACAGCAGCCAUUCUGCUUUUCGCUGCGAGUUCCACCAGCUGCCUGAAGGUGCAGUUCCCAGGCCUGCAUACAGACGUAGAAGCUUGUUUACAGCGUAGCUGCGCCAGGAAUAUCGACGUCUGUGGGGAGACACAUGGGCAGGCUCUCACAAACAAGCUGAAAGGUUGCAUUGUGCAGAAGUGUCAGACCAUGGCCAAGCGCUGUAUAAGGGACGUUUUUAAUACCUUUGCUACUUUCAUAGAUGGGCCAUACAGCUCAGAGAUUAAAACCAUUGGAGAGAUUCUUGUGGAAUACUUUGUCCAGUACUACAUGGAGUGCUGGCAAACAAUGAACGCUGAAGAUCUCAAAGAAACAGCAGUGUGUGUGGCCAACAAGCAGAUCGAUAAAGUACAACCGGUCCUCACUCAUUUUGCCAGGAUGAUUUUCAAAAACCCAGAAUAUAUGUCCUGCUGGCUUACAAAGUCUAUGAAAGGCAUCGUGAUGUGCUAUGACCACCAUUAUGACACCAAGGACCUCAUGCAAUCAAAAAUGUUUACUGAAAGUCGGACGAAGACGAACUUAGCAGGUUACCUGUCCUGUCUUAGAAAAGGCUUCUUGAACGCAGGACCGGAGUGUCAGGAAAUGUUUGAGGCCAUGCUUGCUGUCAAAAAAGGAAAAUCCUUGGAUUAUUUCCUGUGCUCACUCCAGGAAGUGAUCGUCGCCACAGCUAAAUGCUGAUAUGUGCUCUGCUGCAGGCUGCCCUGUUCAUGCCUUGUAUUUAAUUCACUUAUAUGUUAUUUUCUGUAAUUAACUUUCAAAUGAAAUCUACUCCAUGCUAAAACAUUGAAUUAAAUGCCAUCGAUUGCUACUUAAAUAACUUAAGACUAAACUGUACAAGUGAAUUAGAAUUAAUGUUUUGUUCUUACUGCACUGAUAUUUUACAUUGAGUUUAAUGUAAUAAAACA